AGCCGGAUCCAGACCCGCCCCCAUGAACCUGAAGCAGCGGACAGAGUGACGGGCUGCAGCGCAGUCAGACAGCCGGGUAGAAGCCACGCUGGGAAGUCAGGGGACUGCGUGAGUCAACGCACAACACCGCUGCUGAAACGCCGACACGAAGCUCCACAAUGGCGGACAUCUAUGACUCUCAGUACCUCCUCAUCCUGGCCCCUUCCCUGGUCAUCGCCCUCAUGUUCCUCUUCUUCUGGCUCUUCAUGAAGGAAACCUCCUACGAUGAGGUUUUGGCUAAACAAAAGCGGGAUCUGAAACUGCCCCCUACGAAGCCGGACGCUCGUAAGAAGACUGAGAAGAAGAAAAGUAAGAAAAAGGAGGCCGCGAAUGUCGGUGGAGGCGGAGGCACCGCCGGAGAGUCAGAAGAAGACCAGCGGGAGUAUGAGGCCACCAAUGGGAAUAACGGCUCCUCUCUGGAGAUGAACGAGGAACCAGUCGUGGCAGUAGCACCAACUACUCCUGCUCCACCUGCUCCUGCAACAUAUGAGGCUCCACCUUCUCUUCCUACUGCAGUGGAGCCCCCUGCUGGUCUGAGAGAGAGAAAGAAGAAAGAGAAAAAGGCUGCCAAGGCUGCCGCCACUGUUGUCGCUGCUCCCCCGGCUGCUGCUCCUGCCUCCACCCCAACAGCUGCUGUGCCUCCACCCGAGGAGCCGAAGGUGAAUGGCUCUAAGAUAGUCAGCCACAAAACGGUGGAACCGAAAGCUGCGACCAAACAGUCCAGUCCACCUUCUCCCAAAGUGGAGGUCCAAGUCCAGGCACCCCCCCCUGUGACCCAGGUCCAGACGCCCCCACCCACCUCUGGAAAGAAAGAGAAGAAGAAGAAACAGAAAACAGGACCAGCAGAGGAACCACAGCCAGAGGUGAAAGCGGUGCCGACCCCUCCACCAGUGAAGAAGGAAGCUCCCAUUGUGGCUGAAACCAAAGUGGUGGAUGGAACACCCCCUGUUGCUACUACGGGAAAGAAGAGGAACACUAAGAAGCAGAAGACAGAGCCAGCAGAGGAAACAAACGUUGUGAUCGACUCAACUGCUUCUACUAACCAUCAGACACCCACUAAUGACGUGGCUCCAGUCAAACCCAACAGCAAGAAGCAGAAGAACGUGACCAACAAAGAGAACUCAGGGCUCAAGCUGAAGGAGCUCCUCUCUGGUCUCUCUGGCCUCCCUCUGUCUGACGCCGAGGCUGUCAGUGUCAUUGCACUCCUCCGUGAGAAGCGUCCCAGCGCUCUUGACGCCUGGCAAAAAUCUACCGCCAGGCCUGAUCCAGCUGCCCAGGAGAGAGAGCGGCUGCUGACCACCUUGCAAGAGGAGGCCUCCAUCGCCAAGGACAAAGUCAAGCAACUCAGUCAGGAGCUCCAGGUGGAGAAGCAGAAGACCGGCAGGGCAGAGUCCAUGAUGAGGGAGCAGCGCGCAGCCUUGGAAAAGGAACUCGGUGGAAUGCAGGCCAAAGCUCAGAGCAGCUACCAGGAACUACAGGGCAUGCAGAUCAAGUUCCAGAAGGUGAGGGAGCAGCUGGAUAGCCAGAUAAACCGACUGCAGCAGGAGAACGGGAUCCUGAGAGAUGCCGUCAGUGCAGCCACCACCCAGAUGGAGAGCAAAAAUUCAGCAGAGCUGAACAAGCUGCGCUCAGAGUACGCUGGGUUGAUGAAAGAGCUGUCAGACAAUAACAGCAAACUGCAGCAGGAGGAGCACCAGAGGAAGUCGCUGGAGGUCGGCUACAAGCAGAACGUGUCGCAGCUGGAGGCUCAACUCCAGGACACCAAGCGCAGCUGGGAGGAUCUGCAGAACUACUGCCACAGUGUCAACACAGAAAGGGAGAAACUGAAGGCUUCCAAACAAGAUCUUCACAAUCAGAUGAUGGCUAUGGAAACGGAGAUGAACAACAAGAACAAGGAGCUGCAGACCCUCCACAACAACCUGACGGAGAACAUGGUGUCCAAGGAGAGACUGGAGCAGAAAGUGAUGGAGCUGCUGGAGGCGCAGCACAGCAUGCCUGAUGACUGUCUGCACACCAGAGCACAGGAGCUCAUGAACGAAAACAAAAACCUACAAGUCCAGAAGGAGACUCUCCAGGUCCAGAACGAGAGCCUCCAGGCUCAGCUCUCCUCACAGGCCACUCACGUCUCCCAUAUUGAGGAGCUACAGAAGCUGUUGGCUGAUAAGGAGCUGCAGAGGAAGAGUCUGGAGGAUUCUCUCAAUGCUGAAAGGAGCAGCGCAGCCAGUCGAGAAACUAACAUGCAGGCCUUACACAACGAGAACCUGUCGCUGAAAAUGGAGAUUCAGAAUCUGCAGGCUCAGAUGUCUGAACAGAAGGCCUCCCAAUUGGCUCUGGACCAGAUCCAGAAGAGCGUCCAGGAGAGGGAGGAGAACAUGAAGACUGUGGAGGGCUUAUUGGAGAAGGGGCUGAUCGAAGUGGCCAACAAGGAGGAGGAGCUGAAGACUGUCAGGGACGAGAACGAGGUGCUGAAACAACAGGUGGAAACACUGAACAGACGAGCAGCAGAACAGGUGACGUCGGAGUCAGUUGUUGCAGAAUUGCAGAGCAAGGUCCAGGAGAGUGAGGUGAAGUUGAAAUCGAUGGAGGAAAGUCUGCAGGUGGCGCAAGAGAGCUGCUCUGCCAAAGAGAAGGCUGCAGAGCUCGCGCAGAAGCAGCUGGUCGCCCUGCAGGCUGAGAUGGAGCAGGUCCGACAGAAAGAGGCGGCUCAGGAGCAGAUGAUUUCUGUGGCCGAACUCCAGGAUCAGCUAGCAGGGAAGAACCAGCAGAUCCAGGUCCUGCAGGAGGAGCUUGGAACAAAGACAGCAGAGCUGAACCAGAAGUUGGAGCAACUCGAGCAGCAGUCCCACACUGCCGAGCAGAGCCCUGAGCUUCUUGCGACAUUGUUGGAAAAGGAGAAGCUGGUUUCAGAUCUGCAGAGUGAUCUGGACGGGCUGAGGGACUCACUGGAGCUGCAGAGAAAGAAGAACAAUGAGCUUCGGGAGAAAAACUGGAUUGCAAUGGAAGCUCUGUCCACCACCGAGUCCAUGCUUCAAGGAAAACUCAGCAAAGCCGUCAAGGAGAACCAGUCUGCAGUGGCGUCAUCUGAGGCCGAGUGUCGGGAUGUCUUGCACAGACUCCUGCCUCACGUGCCCCUGCCCAGCGAGCAGGACCAUCAGCAAUGGCUCCACAGUUUUGAGAGGGCGGCUGCCGAGAGUCUGGCCACACCACCCGCUCCUGCAUCAAGGGAUUCAGAGGAACUGACUGAGAAGCUGAGAGAGGCAGAGGAGACGCAAAGAAUCCUGCAGAAGGACUGUGAAACGUACAAGCGGGUUUUAGGAGAGACGCUUCAGUUGCGUCCACAGGAGGGAAUCCUGCAGCGGCUCCAGAAUAGUGUGGAGCAGGAGGAGUCUCGCUGGAGGGCGAAGGUGGAGAGCUCGCAGGAGGAAGUCAGGGAGAUGAGCCAGAAAGUGUCGGCGCUGGAGCAGGAGGUCGAGAGACUAACCGAAGGAGCGGAGUUGGAAAAUCUGAGGAGAGAGAAGCAGCACCUGGAGUGUGAGCUGGAGAGAGCAGAGCGUGAGAGCGCCACCUAUGUGACAGAGGUCCGAGAGCUGAAAGAUCUGCUGACUGAGUUGCGGACCAGACUUGAUGGCUCUUAUACGGAAGCCAUCAGGCAGAAUGAGGAGCUGAACUUGCUCAAGUCUCAGCUCACACGGACUCUGUCCAAACUGGAGGCUGAAGAGAGCGAGAGACAAAGCGUCGCUGGAGACUUGUAUAAGGCCCAGCAGUCUUUGGACCUGAUCCAGGGAGAGCUCUCCAAAGUGGCGGACCACCCGGAGGACCUGAUUGAAAAUGAGCAAAUGGACCAGAAGGAGAAGAUGACUGCAGGACUGAACCAGACAGUCCGGGAACUGCAGCAGCUGCUACAAGGAGUCAGCCAGCAGCUCACCAAGACCCAACAGGAGGUCGACAAGGAUCUGCCAAAGGUAUAGUGAGCAGCAGAGACCCAAACGCAGCAACGCACCGCACGGUCCCACACUCCUGACUGUUCACUCCAGACACUUUCCCACGGCUGCUUCACCUCGGUUUCAUUUCGUCUCCUGCCUUCUUUUGCCCAACCUUGGAGUCGUCCUUCGUCAUGUGAUUCAAACUACCGGCCCAACUAACGCCGGGUCACUAGUGGAUCUGUCCCUCAAAGCUGCAACAGCGUGUUAUAUUUUAACGUUAGGACCUGCUGAGAUCCUCGUCCACCUCCUUCCUCACUCUGGCUCUGUUGGAUCGGCUUUGAAAAAAGUGGCGUCUGAGACGGUUUUUAAUUCCACAUGAGCUGCUCCAGGUUAUCAGUUACGCUUAAUUUGUGGCUAAGUUGAUUAACACUGAAGAUUUUGUUCUUUUUGUAACAGGUGAUGUUAAUAAAAGGGAUGCUUAAUA